AAGGGGAAGUCUGAUAAGCACCCUAGGAAAUGACUGUGUAAAUUAGUUGUCCCCUGGAGAGUUCCGAGACCGGACCAUACUCAGAAUAGACAUGAAUGGUGAUGGCAGCGCACAACGCUACGUGUCGACCUUUAGGAUGCACAUCAAGCCACCCUGCAAGUCUCCGGCACCGGUGACUGGGUCAGGAAUGACCGCAACCGGGACCACCAGACCCAGAAAUGGUACUGACGAAGUUACUGAUGAAGUAUUCAGCACUUCCCCUCUCAGAGGCCUGGACCCACCCUUCUUCACAAAGCCCUUACAGGACUGCUCUGUGGACGAAGGACAUGACAUCACACUGUGCGGGCUUCUUACAGGAAGUCAACCAAUAAGAGUGUCGUGGUCACAUAAUGGUGAAGAGGCUCGGUUUGGGAAGUCUUACUUCGAUGGCAGAGAGGCGACAUUUAUGGUUAAGGAGUGCCUCCCUGAAGAUGCUGGUGCCUACACCUGCCUGGCAGAGAAUCUGGUGGGCAAGACAUCCUGUUGUGCAGCUGUGUUUGUCAGAGACUUUGAAACCAUCUGCGGGGUGCAGAACACUAUAUCAAACUUCACUCCUUCCUCCUCCAAAGACACCAUGGAAAACGGAGGGUCACCAGCACCAUCUCCUAAAGAUGAUAUGAAGGAUUUCAUGCAAUCUAGCCUGCAAGAAACAUCAAAAAGUCAGAGUCCAUGUGAACCUCCAAGAGAAGUCGUUCCGAAGAGGAGGGCCAACUCCGGGACAGCUUCUGCAAUUCAUUUUGAGAACCCACCGCAGCAUGUCAGCGUGCAUGUGGGAGAGUGUGCACGUCUGACGUGUUUGUUCUCGGGCAGCCCUCCCGUGGUGUCUUGCUGGCUCAGAAACAAAGAUCAGAUAGUGGAUGGAGCAGAGCUGUGGGUGGAGAACAGUGAUCAGAGAAGCACACUGGUUAUAGCAGAAGCAGCACCACAGCACACGGGACGCUACACAGUUGUAGUGAGGGAUCGCAAAAGCUCGGCACAGCACACGCUAACCCUCUCUGUUAUAGAAAAGCCACAGCCUCCGUCCUCUGGACCUGUGAUCUCCCUGAUCACAGCCAGCUGCCUGGUGCUAUCGUGGUCAGGACCCUGCUACGACGGCGGUACCGCCGUCCUAGGCUAUGUGGUGGAAGUGAAGAGCCAAGGCCCCACUGAGCCUGGGGACUGGACCGAGCUGACGUCCCAGUGUAAGAGUACCUCGUACAGGGUGAGCUCAGGGCUGUGGCCUCAGGAGGACUACUGUUUCAGAGUCAGGGCCUACAACGCUGUAGGGCUGAGCCAGCCCAGCCCGGUGUCAGCUGUAGUAAGGAUGCAACAGGAAGACAAGCCACAGGAGGAGGAGUGUCCUCAGACAUAUAUGAAUGUCACAGUUGAUUCUACCCACAAAGUCACAGACCACUACAAUGUGUUGGAGAAACUUGGAGUAGGAAAAUUUGGCCAGGUAUUCAAGCUGACUCACAAAGAGACUGGACAAGUGUGUGCCGGGAAGUUCUACAAAGGCCGUCGAGCUAAGGAGAGAGAGGCCGCCCGCAAAGAGAUAGAGCUGAUGAACCACCUUCACCACCCCAAGCUGGUUCAGUGUCUCGCAGCAUACGAAAACAAGCCCGAGAUGGUCAUGGUGAUGGAGUUCAUUGCAGGUGGGGAGCUGUUUGAGCGCAUUGUGGAUGAUAACUUUGAGCACACAGAGCCUGCCAGUGUGCGCUACAUGCAGCAGAUCCUGGAGGGGAUCGCCUACAUGCAUCAGCAGAACAUUGUCCAUUUGGACCUCAAACCUGAGAACAUAGUGUGUGUCGACCACAUCGGCACAUCCAUCAAGAUCAUUGACUUUGGACUGGCCGGCAAGCUGAGCACCGACACGCCUCUAAAGGUAAUGCAUGGGACCCCAGAGUUUGUUGCCCCUGAAGUGAUCAGCUAUGAGCCUGUGUGUUUGGCCACAGAUAUGUGGAGCAUUGGGGUCAUCUGCUAUAUAUUACUGAGUGGCGAGUCUCCGUUUCAGGGUACCAGUGAUGCAGAGACCCUGGCCCUUGUGACAGCAGCCCAGUGGGAGUUUGAUGAGGAGAGCUUUGAGGAGAUCACUGAGCAGGCCAAAGAUUUCAUCAGCUCCCUGCUCAACAAAGUCACCAGGAGAAGGAUGUCCUGCGAGGAGGCCCUCGCCCACCCAUGGAUGGCAGCAUUCGACUCUGGAGAGCUCAGCACCACCAAGAGCUUAUCCAAAGAGAAGAUGAAGAGGUUCCUAGCCAGGCAGAAGUGGAAGAAAGCAGGCAAGGCCAUGUUGGCCCUGAAGAGAAUGGCUCUGCUGUCUAAAGGAGACAGCACCACAUCCCCCACCAGCCCUGGAGAGGAGCCCUGCCUGACUCCAGAGACAGAGCAUGCCCUCCAGUGUCUGGAGCUGAAGAUGCAGGGUGCCCCCCAGUUCUCCCAGGGUCUGGAGGACCAGACAGUGUCUGUGGGAUCCAGGGCCUGCCUCUGCUGUUCCCUUACAGGGUACCCUGAUCCAGAGGUGGUGUGGUUGUGUGGAGAGGAGCCUGUGGUGGAGUCAUCCAGGGUGCAGAUUGAGUAUGAGGAAGAUGGCCGCUGUACCUUGGUCCUUGCCCGGGUGGGCCCCGAGGAUGCUAACAUUUACACGUGUAGAGCUACAAACAACCACGGAGAGGCUCUCUGCUCCGCCAAGCUACAUGUGAAAGAGUAAUCAGCGUAAAGCUGUGUCUGUGAAGGCAUACUUUGUUCGACACAUGACGCUGAUGUGCAGAAAUGUCUGUGAAUUACAGUUCCAAACAUUCCCAAACAUGUUUCUGAGUACCUUGAGCUGCUCUAUUACAUAUUUCAGUUCUUAAAAAAAAGAAAAGAAAAAAUGUGAACUUCAGUCAUCUGACAUACAGGUUGAAAUGGAGCUGCAAGUAUCAGCUAGGAUAAAUAUUGCAUAUAAUAGUGUACAAUAGUCACUGACAUGAUUGCUUUUAGAGAGAAAUAUAAGUUUUGCAUAGAUAAAGAUAGAAAUGUUUUGCUUUUCAUAUUGCCAGACAGUCCUCAACGAUUUGCAUUUAUAUUUUCUAUUUCACUGAGCAGUUUUUAAAGCCUGAUAUCUGCAUUAGCUUGUUGACAUAUGCACAGUGAGAUUGUGGCAUGUUUUGUCCAGAUUCUCUCACUCACCAACUGCAAGCAUGAGUAAAGUACAUUUAUUCAGCUUAAGUUAUCCUUUUGCAGAUGAAGAUCCAUGUGAAUGUUAACAUCAAAAUGUUUGAAUAAUAGUAAAGAGCAAAAAACCACUGAAA